UUCAGUCGAGUUAACGUCAGCUCGACUUUCAUCACAGAGACACAAGAUGUUGAAGUUUCUGGGAUUCAAGAAUGACGGAGCCAGGAAAUCUUCUGAGAGAGAAACUGAUGGAUUUGUCAUCAUUGGUGAAACUGUUGACGAGCAGCGACAGAAGAUUCAGUCCAUUAACCUCGAGCAGCACACAACAAAUGUAAUAGUACAACCGUCUAAGCCAUCCGGUGCUGGGAGCAGAGGAUUUACAGAGACGACUCGACCUUCCUCCCAACCCACGUCUGCCAAGAUGUCCUCAGAAACACACGCUGUAGACGCCACCCCGGCCCUCCCUGAGCUUCUAGGAGACAUACCUUUCACUUUAGCCCCACACAUCCUGGCCAUGCAGGCGGGACUGCCCUUUGUCACAGAUAUCACCUUGCCUCACAACAUAAAUGACAAACUAACCAACUUUCGUUAUGACUUCACCUUGGAGAACUCAGUGCUUUGUGAGCCGUGACUCUUUGGCCAUCGGUUAUAUCACGAAACCCGUGGUGAACUAUGAGCCUUUCCUCUUUAACCGUUUGCCUCUUAAAUAAACCAAGAUCUAGUUUAGCUGACAGAAAUCAGUCUUCUGUCCUUUUAGUUUAAAUAAGUUAGCAUCAACAUGGUUUACAAUCUCUGGGGGUUUUGCACUCGAUUGUGAGAUGAGCAUUACUGUCUUGUUUUAACACAUGUAGAAAGUAGUUCAAAUUUUUACGGGUGUACAAUCUCUCGGGUGUAAAAGACACUGUAGCAUAAGAUGAUGUGCUGAACUGAAAUAGGGUUGUUUUGAAACUGCUAGGUUUCUUAGUAGUUUCAUUGUGCUGGUUGAUGUUUCAGACGUCACGGUCUGUGUUGGCCUUCUUUAGUUUUUUUCGUACUUCUGCAAAGACGCACUGUAAUUUAUAGAAUCGGUUUUAAGGUCAUUGACUCAAAACAGCCAGGGAAAUGUAUUAUAUAUUAAUACAUCUCUCAGUGAUCUUUAAAUGCAUGUAAAAUAAAUAACUCAGUAAUAGAAUUAUUUUAUUCAAAUACAAAUUAUAUUUAAAAAAACACUCCCUGUCUGCUAUUGGUCAGUCAAACAGAUUGUCCCGCCCUAAACAGUUGCUAUUGGUUGAGUCAGAUGUCUGGUUGGGAUGUGCAAACAGAACAAUGUCCUGAUACUGGUGUAGUGUUUUGCUCUUUUCAAGGAAAUCAGGAUAGAAUAUAUCUUACUUGUACUUGUUUGUAUAAAAUGCUGGGAUAUGAAGUGUUUUACUCUCACAAAAAUUACACACAUCACUUUAAGUUUCUUAUGAAUGGAGUGCACUUAAAAUCACGAGACAGACAUCGGAGGGCUUUUUAUAAAUAGGCAAAUAUCAUAUCUCUCUGUUCCUAAAAGUGUGCUUUUUCCUUGUUUGUGUAAAUAUAAAUACCUCGACUGUUGUUUGGUUUUAAUGCAUGACGGUUUUAAGUUCUGCCUAAACAUGACACACCCCAUUUUGGGAGGCAGAUAUGUAUUCCGAACUAAGUUUCAUUGCAAAAAUGUGCACAUGGGUUUUAGUAGGAUUUACUGUUCUGUUUGAAUAUGCCACACAGUUGUUGAACAGUUUUUUCUUGUUUUUCUUUGAUCUGAAUUUCAGUUAAUGAAUGGGUUUCAUCAUUGUGUGUGCUGCUAUUUACACAAUGCACUCAGGAGUUCAGCUGGCUCAAGUGUUUACUUAAUAGCGGCUGAUACUACUUCAUAUCUCACUUUUAGACUCAUUAGUCCGUUUUGAUUUGUCUUUCCAACAUGGUUAUUUUAUUUAAGCUUCCUCCGAAUGUAUCUUACUUAACUAUCCUUUUCAAACGUGUACUGAAGUAAUCAAAGUUGUGUUUGCGCUAUAAAAAUGUCUGUAAAAUAAUUGACUCACCUUAACUCCUUUGUUGGAUUCCUGGAUAUCUCGAACAAAAUUCAUCAUUGUUUCUGAUCCCACAUGAUUCUGAGCAUGUAAUAUGAUGUUGUUUCAUUAAAAUCUUAUUUGACAACA